GCCGCCAGGGGCCGCUGUGGCCGCGCCGCGCGGGAGCGCUUCCGCCCGGGAGCACGCGCGGGCCGCCGCCAUGAAGCCGAGAAAAAACACAAAGCGAGUUCCAAGUUUUCGCAAGUUACUGAGAACUAGUCAAAUAAAACUUGACAAUAAAUUAAAGAAUAAACAGUUCAAGCAGAAGAGUGCUGCUAAGAAGUAUCGUAAAGAACAAAAGAAGCUAAGGGAGGCUGUCAGAGAUGCUAUUUCUAGAAAGCCUUUUCCAUUGGAGGAAUGCAAGAAGAAACAAGUUGCUAAAAAAUGGGAAGAAAAAGAAGAAGAAGAUGCUCUUCCACUGGACAUGAUGGAUGAAGAUGACUUAAAAUUAAUGGAGGAUCUGGCCCAAAAAGCAUCCUUUUUAACCAGAGAUCUUUCUUCUAAUGAACCUGUUCACGUCAAAAAACGAAAACAUGAAAGUGUAAUUGAGAAAUAUGAGAAGGUGCCAAGACGUUUGCAAACAGAGCCAGAAAAAGAACUCAUCCAUCUGCUCCCCAUCAAAGACAAGAGUGGCAUAAUUCCUCAAGCUGUGGAAAAGCCAGUUCUCAAUGUUGCACAUGAUGAAGAAGAGGACACAGAAGAUAUGGAGGAAGCAGAGGACUUUAAUGAGGAACCCCUGCCUGUUCUCACUCCCGAGGAAAUGGCUGCUCAAAGGAGACAAAAGCUACAGGAGAGGAAGAUGCACAUAGCUGCCUUAGCAUCUGCCAUUCUCUCAGAGCCAGACAGCAAUAUUAAGAAGCUGAAGGAGCUGCGUGCCAUGCUGAUGGAGCAGGAUCCUAACGUGGCUGUGAUUGUUAGGAAGCUGGUCAUGGUGUCCUUGAUGGAGAUAUUCAAAGAUAUUGCACCUUCGUACAAAAUUCGGCCUCUGACUGAAGCAGAAAAGGCUACCAAGGUUAAAAAAGAAACUCAGAAACUGAGAGAAUUUGAAGAAGGCCUUGUAAGCCAGUAUAAAUUUUACUUGGAAAAUCUGGAGCAAACAAUUAAAGAUUGGAAGCAAAGGAAAUUGAAGAAAAGCAAUGUCAUCUCAUUAAAGGCAUAUAAAGGUCUAGCAGAGGUAGCAGUGAAGUGUCUGUGUGAGCUGCUUGUGGCCCUACCCCACUUCAACUUCCACAAUAACAUUAUUGUUCUCAUUGUUCCACUCAUGAAUGAUCCAUCAAAAAUGAUUUCUGAACUGUGUGUUGAGGCAGUUAAGAAGCUCUUUAAACAGGACAAGUUGGGCUAUGCUUCACUUGGUGUAGUUAAAGUAAUUUCUGGCCUUGUAAGGGGUAGAAAUUAUGAUGUCAGACCUGAGGUGUUAAAAGUAUUUCUUCACUUAAGAAUUAAGGAAGUAGAAUUACAAAAAGAUUCUGAAGACAUUGCACCAAAGAAAAAGUUCAUGACUUACAAAGAGAAAAGAAAAAAUCUUUCCAGAAUGCAAAGAAAGUGGAAGAAAGCAGAAGAGAAACUGGAACGAGAACUCCUGGAAGCAGAAGCAUCAGAAAGUAAAGAAAAGAAACUGAAGUUGCACACAGAGACCUUGAAUAUUGUAUUUGUAACUUACUUCAGGAUCUUGAAGAAAGCUCAGAAGUCUCCACUUUUGCCAGCUGUGCUAGAAGGUCUUGCAAAGUUUGCUCAUCUCAUAAAUGUGGAAUUUUUUGAUGACCUAUUGAUUGUUCUUCAUUCUCUUAUUGAGUCGGGGGAUUUAAGCUAUCGAGAGAGUCUUCAUUGCGUUCUCAGUGCUUUUCAUAUACUCUCUGGUCAAGGUGAUGUUCUUAACAUUGAUCCAAUGAAAUUUUACACACAUCUGUACAAGACACUGUUCAGCCUACAUGCAGGUGGCACCAACGAGGACAUAGGGAUUGUGCUGCAGUGCCUGGAUGUCAUGUUUGCCAAGAGGAGAAAGCAAGUCUCCCAGCAACGAGCUCUUGCUUUCCUAAAGCGACUUUCCAUCCUCGCUCUUCAUGUACUUCCAAAUUCCAGCGUUGGGAUCUUGGCAACAAACAGGGUAUUCAUGCAAACAUUCCCAAGGAUGGACCUCUUACUAGACAACGAAUCUCAAGGCAGUGGAGUUUAUCUCCCAGAAUUAGAUGAACCAGAGCAUUGCAAUGCACAGAACACAGCACUGUGGGAGCUGCAUCUACUGCAGAGACAUUAUCAUCCAACAGUGCAGAAAUUUGCAUCUCACCUUAUUGCUGGUGCUCCAACUGAAGGCUCAGGAGCUCUUCCACUUGAUUUGAGCCAAAGGUCUGCUACAGAACUUUUUGAGACGUACUGUAUGAAAGGAAUGACCUUUAAUCCUCCUGUGGCAUCAGUAACACCCAGAAGAAAGGCUGCCAGCAUCUCCCUGUUCUUGACAGAAGCUCCGAACUGGAGCCCUGUGCACCACUAAAGAGAGGCUCUCAUUUCUCCACGAGUGCACAAAGAACUUGGCUCUGGAAAUUUUAAGACUUUCACAGGGAAGUUUAAAUCACGUGCAUGAUCAUCAUUCUUUAUUUGAGCACCAGGAAAAUGCAGAGCUCCAGGUGUGGCUGGGGGCAGAGGGGUCAGAGGAUUCCUUUCUGACUCACAACCUGUGCUGUGAGCAUUGUUGCCUUUUGGGCAGAGGUGCUUGAUUUCUAAUUGUGUGCUGUCACCAGGCUGUGCUUGAUUUGUAUUUGUAAGGUGUGUUUGACAGGAGGCAGUGUGUGAAACCCCCCUACCCCGAGCUGGAAGCCAUGGCUGUGUGUAGUAGGUAAUCUUCUAAAGCCCAGCUUAGCACAAACCAGAAAAGCCUCAGCAAACCCAUGAGCUCAUCAAGGACUGCCUGACACAGUGCUUGCCACUUGAACAGGUCUGGUCUAGAUGAGUGGGAGCACGAGAGAGAAACAGGACUGCUAAACUAAGGUAGGCAUGGAAAACAUGGCCUUGUUCAGUAAUAGAACUCAUAUUUUGUAAUUUUCAGGAUACCUUCUCGAAAAUGGAUUCAUUUGUAGAUGAAGAACUAAACAAACAGCUUCAACAACACAUCAGUGAGACUGCUGCUCACAAACCCUUGGAUUUCGCUAAGCACUUGAAGGAAUCAUCCUUGGCAUAAAUGUACCUAUCAAUCAAGUUCACUUGGAUUCUUAAUUAUGGAGAAAGAUUGGCUGAAAGAAAUCACCAGUCAUUAUAAAAGGAAUCCAAGCAGGCUUUGUGUGAAUAUAGAAACACGUGAAAAUGUAACAGCAGUUUUUCACACAGUUACAGGCCCGUCCCCCUAACCACCAAGCCCCUGUUCAGGGGGCUGGGGAAUCACAAUGAACUGUCAUGUCAGUGUUUUAAAAAUAUACAAACCCAAGUAAUUUAAGAAUUGUUUGCAACCAUGCACAAUUGUAUUUUUGUUUAUGUAUUUUUCUAAUUUUUAUAACAGAAUAUAGACAUACAUGUUUCUGCAAACUCACUGGGUUGUGCUGAUAACUUAAUAAAUAUUUUGAAAAUGUUAACAUAA